AUGCGUAUGAGCGAAUCUCCCUAUAUGAAGCGAUGGUGGACGAAUUGCGACGUAUCAGAUGCCGUGCUUCGCACAGUCACUUGGAUCAACGAAGCGACUAGCUUAUCUUUGGGUGGAAACGCCCGCCCACCCUUCAGAACCCAUUUCGUCGGACCCUUCGACACCGUCCAGCUCGUCUGGAACAAAGUAAAGGACGUCGCAGCAUUAUACACUGCAGCUAUGGCUUGUACGCACGCUCAACGUUCACCAUUUCCGACACGAGAUGAUCUUGCACUGGCUUUCGCAAACUAUGGUGAUGCUGCUUACAGCGACCCGGAACUACUGCCAGCAUCAGUGCGACAUAUCCUCUCGGGCAACUCUCUCGUGCAGUUUCCGUGCAGCAUAGGUACCCUGGAUGAGUUCGACGAAGAAUGCCAGUACGUCUCCACGUUGCUACAAGAUAGACACAAAGAGGAUUGGGAAGCGUACCGGAACAGCAUACUGGAAGGAAUCAUUGAGGAAGAAGGAGUGGACUUCAAGACCGUACAGUCUCGGUACGCAGACCAUCGACCCCGCGCCAUGUGA